CAAAGUUGCAACUCUGGAAGAAAGCAUAAACUUUCAGCCAACUUCUGACAUUGAAUGGAAUAGCCAAUCAUAGAGCUUUGAUUUUCAACAAUUGAGGGAGUAAGAGGCUAAAUAAUUUUUCGGAAGUGCUUCGCCUCGGCCAGCUUUGCUUCCGCGACGGAUCCGCCACUUUUCUGUGCUUGUCCGGCUCUUCUCUCCACCUUCACUUUUACUACCGUGGAUAACAAUUGCUCAUCGAAACACACUAUUGAAUACCCUUGAACGUUUCUGGAACGACAAUGUCUUUCUCAAGUCUCGUUCAAGAUCUCUCAUUCAGAGAUACCCCACCAAGCAACGCCAGUGAGCAACGCAGACAGAUGGCUCGAGGUGCAUCCUCUGCGUCGACCAACGACGAUACCAGAUCCCAUGUCUCAAGAGCCAGAUCUUAUGCUAGCACUUCGGCGACAAGUGUCAGCAUUUCCGGUGACAUUUCGAGUCAACUUCACGGAGGUUACUCCCACCCUUUAGCUAGAUCAUGGCAAGCCGAGAGACAAUUGACAAAGUCUAUGCUUAUUCUACCCCUCUUUAUUACCGACAACGACGAUGAAGAAACCCUAAUUCCCUCUCUUCCGGGCCAAUACCGCCGUGGCAUCAACAAGCUUGUUCCUUUCCUCGAACCUCUGAUCCGCAAAGGACUUCGAUCAGUCAUCCUUUUCGGUGUUCCCCUCGCUCCAGGAGUCAAGGAUGCUCUAGGCACUGCUGCUGAUGACCCAAAAGGCCCCGUCAUCGCCAGCAUCCGGCUCCUAAGACAACGAUUCCCACAACUCUUUAUCUCUGCAGACGUCUGCCUUUGCGAAUAUACAUCUCAUGGACACUGUGGCAUUCUACGUGAUGAUGGAAGCCUGAACAAUGAGCUCUCUGUGGACCGAAUUUCAGACGUUGCCAUGGCUUACGCUCAAGCCGGUGCACACUGCGUUGCUCCUUCAGACAUGAACGAUGGCCGUAUCCGAGCAAUCAAGCUGAAGAUGAUUGAAGAAGGCAUUGCACACAGAGUUGUCCUUAUGUCAUACGCUGCGAAGUUCUCUGGAUGUCUCUACGGACCCUUCCGUGAUGCUGCCGGAUCCGUACCAUCAUUUGGAGACCGCAAAUGCUACCAAUUGCCACCAGGAGGUCGAGGUCUUGCCCGCCGAGCUAUUGAAAGAGACAUCAGUGAAGGCGCUGAUAUCAUCAUGGUUAAGCCUGCUAGUCAAUAUCUUGACAUUAUCAGUGACGCCAAGGAGAUUGGCAAAAAUAUGCCAAUCGCAGCAUAUCAAGUCAGUGGAGAAUUUGCAAUGAUCCACGCAGGAGCAAAAGCUGGAGUUUUUGAUUUGAAGACAAUGGCAUUUGAGGCUACGGAAGGUAUUUUGAGGGCUGGUGCGACUAUUGUAGUCAGCUACUUCACACCCGACUUCCUUGACUGGCUAGAGUCAUAGUUUCAUUGCAGGUUGAUGAGUGUCCAUGGC